UGGAUCUAUGUUCCCCAUGCCCCGGGUGAUCUACGCUAUGGCGGAGGACGGCCUCUUGUUUCGCUUCUUGUCUCGCAUGAACAAGAAGACGAAGACUCCACUGCUGGCUACCCUGGUCUCUGGCUUUGUGGCAGCUCUGAUGGCUUUCUUGUUUGACCUGGCUGCACUGGUGGAUUUGAUGUCCAUCGGCACCCUGCUGGCUUAUACGUUGGUGGCUGUUUGCGUGCUCAUCCUGCGGUACCAACCCGGCAGCCUGGGUGCGCACAGGCCCAGCGAGAAGCCGGAGGUGCUGGUGGAAAGAGCCCCUAUGACACCGGGAGACAGCAGCGAUGAGUUGGAGACACUGCCGGUGAAGGAGAGAUUCUCCCUAAGGCUGCUGUUAGAGCCGGACUCUGAGUCACCCACCAAGACCUCGGGCCUCAUCGUUUACGUGGCCACAGCAGCCGUUUGUGUGUUCUUCACACUGCUGUGUGUAGUGCUGGCCCUGUGCAGCAUGAGCAGCCAGCCUGCGUGGCUGAGUUUGUGUGGCAUCCUGGCCCUGCUGUCUGCCUUCUGCUUGCUGGUCAUCUGGAGGCAGCCACAGAGCAGGGAGGCUCUCACCUUUAAGGUGCCCCUGCUUCCUGUUUUGCCACUGGUCAGCAUGUUUGUCAACAUCUACCUGAUGAUGCAGCUGGACUGGGCCACCUGGUGUCGUUUUGCUGUGUGGAUGAUCAUGGGGUUUGUCAUAUACUUCACCUAUGGGAUCUGGAACAGCUCAGAAGCUGUGAGGAACUCAACCAAGAGCCCUGAGGCCAUCCUUAGAGGCAAGAGCCCCAUCUACAUGGCUGGGGAUGAGAGCGAAGCAGAGGCGAUGGCCCCAUGACAGAGUCCCCUCCCACACGACCCCUCCCCUCAAACCACCUGUCCUCCCCACCCCAAUGUCUCCCAGCAUAUAUCCUGUCCUGUGAUUGGACGACCCAGAGGUCAAUGGGGUCAAACUGUGUCAUCUCCCCACAGGAUUGAGUGAUGGGUGUGCACGACUGGGCUCGCCUCUGUCAUUCUCUUUCUUUCUCUCUCUCCCUCUCAGACAAGCUGCAAGUGCAGGUCGUGUAGAAGUCUUAAGAAAUCGGUGUCGUUGCCGUUGGUUACAUAGUGCAGUUCCCUCACGCACAGUGUUACGUUAGAGGUCAUCCAUCCAUUUUAACGUCCAACUUCCCAAUGCCUCGUCCACAUUGUCGGCUAAAAAGCGGAGCUAGUCCUUCCAACACCGUGCCACUGACCAGUGGUCUGGCCCAGUCCCCGACCCUCUCAUCUGGCCAGUAGCUCAAGCUCGGCACCCCUGCAUCCCGCUCCUGGACGGAUAAAGCUGGACCUGGUACCAUAUCACUAGGGUGCUUGUGGAUCUACUUGUGGCCAGCAGGAGUUUCAGAAUCAGGGAGCUCCUGAGAGAGAGAGUGUCAUGCCCCCCCAUCACAGGGACAGGAACGUCGAAAAACUUGACAAGCAUGAGCCAGCUCUUAUUUCUCAUUUUCUGAGAAAUUGUUGCUUAAGAGUUUCUUUUUAUUUUUGAAUGUGUACAAAUAGAUUUUAAGAAACAUCCUUAUGAACAUACAUGAGAUACUUUCAUGUAUAUUUUGUAAUAUACAUAAAUAUUUAUGUAUGUGCAACAUUUGACAAGGGUCUACAGCUUUGUAUGACUAAUGAAACUGACAGUAAUACCCCAGCUAACCUAUAAAACCUAUAACCUAUAAAAGUGUCAUUAAAUAUGAGCCCUUCUCAGUUAUUGGUUGAAUUUGUGGCCAAAGACAAGUUUACCUUUUUCAUUCCUUUACAUGCCAUUUAAAAAAAAACUUGUGCACUUAAUAUCCAGUGUACGCAGUACAUAUCACCUUGAAUGACCUACAGAGUGGAAGAUCGUGGGUUUGAUGGCACAGCACAUUUUCCUUGUGAGUCUUUUGGUGUUCUAGUAUUGAACUACAGUUGACUCGCUUUGUUGAUGUAAUAGCUGUUGUAUAAAGUACUGUGUUUAAUAUGGAAGUGUUUCGUUAAAUUCUGUAUAUUGUGGUUUUUUUGGAGCAGAAUCUGUGACGUUAAAAUUCUUUAAAGUUGAACUUACAUAAUGUUGCAGUGCAUGAAGUAGUGUUUUAAUUUUUUUUUUGAGUUAUACACUUUUGGCCAAUUGGCCAGAAAAAUCAUUGACACUCUUAAGAACUUUUGCCAGAGCUUUGCUUAUAUUUUGUUUAUAUCUGUUUCUUUAUUUGCUUACUUAAAAAAACCCUUUGUAGUAUUGGCUCCCAUCGCUACUGUAGCAUUGUCACUGCUGGGGCGGAGUUUGGUCUUAGGCCGCCCCCCAGCAGUGCUGGAAUGUGCUCUUAUCUGGCAGGUUCUGGAAAAAACCUCAGCCCAGAGUAGUAGGUCUUUGCUGGUGACUGGGUCAAAGGCAGAUUUCUUUAGGAGGAUGGGGAUUUGCUUUGAACAGAAGCAGCCAUUGUUUUCACAAGGCAUGUUAGUGAUCCCCUUGCUCUGUCAUCGCCAAGGGCUCCAUGAGGUGAAGUCUGAAUGAUUGUUU